CAUGAAAGGGGCUCAAGGGGGACCCCGCGGUCGGGGGGAGUGCCUCUUGUGCGUGCUGUAGCCGUGGCUUGCCGGGUAAUCGCCCAUGGGUUGAUUGUGUUGUGCAAGGCUUGCUACGUUUAUACCUGUCUGAGGAUGGGGCCAACUCUUGGGCCAACUGUCGAUUAGUUAACUUUUUUGGAUGUGCUGUGGUGCGGUGCUUGUGCUAUCAAGAAAACCUUGCAAACAGUAUGGACUAGCCUAAAACUGUCGCUUAAAAUUAGCUGGCUCCAGUGUCCCGGAACAGUUGCGUAAAACUUUUUAGUUCUGGCGCCUUGCGGCGAAGGCUAUGAUGACUUUCAACUUGAUUUGGGCAGCUUGAACCAUCGAAAAGAUUGUCCCAAGCAACACGUAGCAGCACGAGGCGCGCGUGAAGAUGUUGUCGUCAGCUUGUCUCGGCACGCGGCACGCACGCCUCAGCUGUGACGGACCCCCGCUCACGGCGAAGCGACUCGGGCCCCGUCCGCUUCCUGGGGCCCCGUGCUUCCUGCCGGAUCGGCGCUAUGCGGUCUGCGCAGCUGCCGUGGGCGCGGGAGCGGCUUCCGCGCCUGCACCUGGUUCAGAUGACAGCAAGCAACACGCGCUGCGUGUGCCCGCCAUCGCGGCGGCGCUGCUGGCGGCCGGUGCCGGCGCCUUCCUGGUGUCCACACCCGGACAGGCGCUGCGGGCCUCGCUGGUGGCUGGCCCGCUGGGCAGCUCGGGUUGCCUGGCUGCCUUCUCGCUCAUCUCGCUCAGCGAGAUCGGAGACAAGACGUUCUUCAUCAGCGCCGUACUGGCCGCGCGCAUAGGUCGGGCACUGUCAUUUGCGGGCUCGCUGGCGGCGCUGGUGCUGCUGACGGUCGUGAACGUGGCCAUUGGCACGCUGUGCGCCCGCUGCCCCGACACACUGCUGUCGCGGCUGCAGCUGCCGGUGGCGGAGCUGGCCAGCAUCGCCGUGCUGGGCUUCUUCGGGCUCAGGGCCAUAAAGGACGGCCUGAAAGAAAACAAGGGCGACAUCAGGGGCGGCACGCAACCGCACCAGCAGCAGCCAACGGCUGAAUCGCCAGCGGCGCCCUCGUCCUUUGGGCCGUCGCCGGGUCUGGCAACGGGGCUGGCGGGCGCCCAUAGCGUGGUGCGCGGCAUGAACAGUGUGGACAUGAUGGGCGGGCGCGGCAGCUACCGCUCCCCCGUAGCGGUGUUCUUCGAGGUGGCCUCCCUCAUCUUCCAGGCUGAGUGGGGCGACAGGAGCAUGCUUGCCACCAUUGCACUGGCCUCGUCGCACAGCCCUGUGGGUGUGGCUACGGGCGCGAUUGCGGGCCACGCCGUCGCCACCGGCAUCGCAGUUGUGGGCGGUGCAAUUGCGGGCAAGUAUGUGUCCGAGCGCACCAUCAACCUCAUCAGCGGCACGCUCUUCCUGCUGUUUGCGGCCGCUACCGCCUUCAGCCUGCUGUGAGAGGUGGCAGCCGCGUGAGAGGUGGCGGCGGCUGCACGGGGCAAGCGCGGCCACAGGACAGGAGAGUGCGCCACGUGCUAACAGGAGGCGUGGGGACGUGGGGCAUUGUGACGGAGCGUGACACCAGGCGCAGCCACGCCCACAUCACACGUGGCGCAAGAACCAAACGGGAGGGAGGGAGGCCAGGGGGCGCGAUGAUGUGUUCUUGGGUAUGGCAGCACGGUACUUGUGGACAAGAAAGGUGGCUCUCCCUCCCAAGGGAAAUGCCGCCCCCGCAACUACCCGCUCCCACUCGCGCAGCCACCCAACUCGCAUCAACUACCAUGCUAUCUAUGCACGUCCAGCCCUGGCAAGUAUGCACCUUCCCAGCCGGCUUCUGUACUCAAGGGCGUGGGGGUGCGGUUUUCGAGUUAGUUGGCUUUAGUCGGAGCUGUCGCAGGACAUAAAUUGUACUAUUCUUUGGGUUUGCAUGGUGUGUCGACUGUUUGAAUGCGGUGUGGGCUUUGGAGUUAGGUGGCUGGCCACAUCCGAAGCACGUGCUGGGUAUGAGCCCAUGCCGUGUCCUCUAUCUUCCGUUGCACAGAUGCAUGCGCACAAAGUACAUGCGCACAAGAAAUGCAUUGUACAGUGGUACCAGGUGACCGCAACUUUUUGAUCCAAUUUUUGCGAUGUUGAGGUUGUCGCGGAAGGCAUUGCAGUUGCUGAGGUUUGGCAACAGUUGUGGAUGUGAUGAUUGCGGGCGGUUGCGGAAUGCUGUGGCAUUAUGUCGAGGGGUUUGGCAGGGGUUUGUUGUACGGGGUGUUUCACUUGUCAGGCGCGCCCCUGUGUUGUACAUUAUCGACAUUGUUGUAUUUCUAGACCCUAGUUUGAUGUGGACCAGCGCAGGCGGCGCUGUGGGGCUUGAGUAGUGUGGACAUGAUUGGCGGGCGCGGCAGAUACCGCUCCAAGCCCAGCUUUCGCGCUUGAUUCACCAGGCGUUGAGUCAUACACGCAGGGCCCUGCGCUUGGCGCCGCAGGUGCUGCUGCGGUAACCGCUGGUGCUGCCUCCUUGUCCCCUGCAACCAUUCUGGCCGCGUUUGUGAAGGAGCGCACACCAGACCUAGUAAUGCAUUGAUCCGGCCCCUAGCUGCCGUUAAGCUCGCCAGCU